AUGGACAACAUCGAUGAGGAAUAUGACCGACUCGUUGAACACCUUCAAGACUGCACGAAGAACGCCGAGAGUUUCAAAACCACCAAGAGACGCCUGUCUCUUGAAACUCUUGAGCUGAUACGCCAGCGUGGAGCCGCAGGGAACCAAGAACUCACGUCCGCACUCGCAAGGCGGGGAAAAGCAUCCGCCGGAAGUGGAAGAGCAACAACCGUGUUGUUGUAUAAAAACGGAGAUCCACACGACAUUGGCAACUAUCGCCCAGUCUGCCUACUGUACGUCAUCUACAAGCUCUUUACAAGAGUGAUCCCUAAUAGCAUUGAAAAAGUCUUGGAUGAAGGACAGUCAUGCGAGCAAGCUGGGUUUCGAAAAGGAUUCAGCAUGAUUGACCACAUUCACACUGUUUCGAAACUCAUCGAAUUAUCACGAGAAUACAAGAUGCCGCUCUGUCUCACCUUCAUCGACUUGAGGAAGGCCUUCGACUCAGUUGAGACGGAAGCGGUUAUGAAGCCUUGGACAACCAAGGCCCUACUCAGCACAUAA